AGCAUGGUAGUGAUUGACGUGGGGUUCCUCCUACGUACGUACGAGUCAUUGAGUCAACGACUAUAGAACCCAGGCGGCCUCGGAGCCUCAUUGCAAACUUCACAAGUAACUUGCUUCAUCCAGGAGACGACGUCGUUCCUGCUGCACAACGUACUCAUUUGAGCUUUUCUGCUUCAGUAGUCACUCCGGCGCCGUCGUCGUCCCUCGGCAGCUUUCUCUUAUGGCGCCCAAGUUUUCAAACCAGAGGCUGUUCUUGAGCAGCUUAAGAAUGGAUUUGCUCAGUUUGAGCUCGUCUCCUACCCCGUUCUCUCUAUUUCAACUUCCAUUUCUCAGAGGCGGAGGAUCUAAAGAGUUCCGGAAACCCGAAAUCUAUACAGUUCACGAAGUUAAAAAAGAUGGACGAUGUCUAUUUCGUGCACUGGUAAAAGGAAUAUUGGCAGCAAAUACUGGGCCUCUUCCCGAUCUGACCGAAAGGGAAGAGCAAAAACGUGCAGAGUGACCAAGUGGCCGGAUUACUGUUUUACUACAAAAAAUAGCCUGGUCGUUGGAAAAUACAGGCGAACUACUGGAGGAUGUGAAUGAUGUUAUAUGUGAGAAUACGAAACUCCCCAAGUAUGAAGCAGCCCGGAAGGCAAUUAAUGCUGCACUCUAUUAAACGAGGGUGAAACUCUAUCUUUUUUAAGUGAAGUUUUGUCAUAGUUUGGUGUUCUGACAGGUUCUUUGCCAUGCCAUUAUGAUGAAAUAAUGUUUUUGUACGUUCUUUCCAUAGUUACUGUGAUCGUAUCAGAGAACCUGAUUUCUGGGGAGGAGAGUCGGAGCUACUGGUCAGUACUCUUCACUCGUGCGUGUGUUUGUGAUUUGAGCAUCUUUCUCUAGCUCUCUAUCUCAUGUUCCCUUUCAUCACUUUGACAUUCUGUAACUAGUAGCAUUGAUUUUCAACGGUAGAUGUUAUCAAUCAAAGAGACAUGAUUUCCUGUAGGUGGUAUGUUAAGGUUAACUUAGCUUUCAACCAAGUGAUAUUGGUCCCUAGAAUGGGAUAAUCCAUUAGGUUGGAACUGGUGUUUAUACCAAAAUCCAGAAGAAUAUUGUUUAUG